AUGGACACUCUCAAGAAAGAAAACAUAGACGUUGCGAUAGUGUACGCUGGAAACCCGUGCCAGCUGGCUAUCACCCGCGUCUUGGCCAUUCCGGUUAUCUAUUUUGAUUUGGAAGGUCUAUCUGAUGAAACACUGGUUGCAUCUAAUUCGCCGCUUAAUUUGGACAUCCCUCCCUCAAGAUGUUUUCUUCCGGAGUUAUUCCUCACGCAUGCGUCUGGCGAAUUUCGGAAUGGCCUGUGUUAUAUGAGAGAAUACCUAGUACAAAGUGGGAUAUCCUCGCUGGCAAAGUUGGUUUCAAGGAAAUACCGGCAAUUGGAUGACCCCAUUACGUCGAUGUUUGCCGAGGACUAUUAUCUUAAGAAGAAAUUUCCGUCUUUUCCGGAUAGUAGCGAACUUCUGCGGUCCAGUUCGCUCUUCUUCGCCAAUACUGAUCCCCUUUUGGAAUUCCCGCGAGCCUUAUCUCCACUGGUGAUUCCCGUUGGAGGACUGCAUGUUGAUCAGCCUAAGCCCUUAUUUGCGGUGAAUGCUAUCCUGGGAGCGCUGUCCAAACUCACCAGCUAUCGUAUUUAUUGGCGAGUCGGCCAUCAAGUGCAACUGAAAGGUGUGAAGGAAGAGGACGUGCCAUCUCACAUCAAUCUCACGGCUUUCAUUCCUCAAAACGACUUACUUGCACACAAAUCCUGUAAACUAUUAGUAACAAAUGGAGGAAUGUCGUCAAUCAUGGAAGCUGUGGCUCAUGGAGUACCAAUUGUUGGCAUACCACUUUAUGGAAGUAAUAGACACAAUCUGAAGAAGGUCGUGAGGAAG